AUGCGCCGUGCUACCAGACCAGCGCUGUCCGAAGGCCACGCAGACAAAAAAGCCAAGCUCCUGCCGCAGCCGUUCCGCGAGUUCCUCGACUCCUUGGACCUGUUGCAGGACGCCGCCGGCUCCCGGCUCUUGGUCACAGCCUUUGUCAAGUUGCCCCUGAAAAAAUUGUACCCCGACUACUACGAGCUCAUCGACACGCCCAUCUCGCUCAACGAGAUCCUGAAGAAAGUGGCGCGGGACGCGUACGCGACGGCCGACGAGCUCGUGGCCGACUUCGGGCUCAUGCACGCUAACGCCGUCAAGUACAAUGACCCCGACUCGUGGAUCGUCGAGGACGCCGCCAGGUUGCUGGCGCACGUGCAAACGCACGCGCCGCACGCGGGCUUGGCCGCGCCGCCGGCGCCGCCCGCGGCCGAGUUGCCGAGGAUCUGUGGCGACGUGUUGGACGAGGUGAUUGGCCAUGAGUUCCCCGGCGAGGGCCAGCUCAGCGGGCCGUUUUUGGACGACGUGGACCCGCAGGAGUACCCCGACUACUUCAAGGUCAUCGAGCGGCCCACGUCGUUCACGGACGUGCGGGCCAAGGUGGCUCUGGGCGCGCUUUUCAGCAGCGCCAAGCUGCUCGCAGAGAACUUGGCCGCCUUCCACGACGCCACGAUGUUGAUUUUCGCCAACGCGCAGGCGUACAACGACCCGUCCUCGCUCAUCCACGAGGACGCGGAGAAGUUGCGGCUGUUGUUCUCGGAGCGCUUCGCCGCGCUCCAGAACGAGCUCGGGGGCGACGGCGCGGGCUUGAAACUCUCUGUGAAAGCGCCCAAGGAGCCCGUCCGGCUCAAGUUGAGCUUGAAGGGCAAGCCGCCGGCUGCCGCGCCCGCCGCCGCGGCCGCGGCCGCGCUCAACCCGGGCGACCCGCCCAAGAAAAGACGGGGCAGAAAGCCCAAGAAGCUCAUUGAGGAGGAGCAGCGCUUGGCGGCGCUCGAGGCUGCGCGGCUCAAGGCGGAGCAGGGCAUUGUGGACGAAGCGGCAGACGACGGCGGCGGCGAGAACGCGGACGCCGAGGCGCUUGCGCCGCUGGAGCUGUGCGCCAUGGGCAAGCUGAAGACCAUUCCCUCCAGCGACGACGUGUUCAUCCGGCGCGUGGCGUUCUCGUCGUCGCUGAGCGCCGCGUCGCCGAUCUUGGACACGUUGGCGUCGCAGCCGCAGCAGCAGCUCAUGAAGCCGCAGCUUUUCACCAGGGCGCUCUACCCGGAGGCCCCGCUCUUGAACACGGCCACUUUCUUCGAGUACCACUUCGAGCCCCUCGGGUACUCCACGAAGGCGUACAGCAUCACGCUACCCCGCGAGGCCACGCCGGUGGUCAACUUCCGGGUGGCGUUGCACGAGCUCAUCUACAACAUCAAGCGCGACGACUUGGUCGACGGGCAAGGGCUUCUAAAAGGCAAGGCCGAGGAGGACUUCAUGUGCUCGUUGCACCUCAACGAGGAGGAGAUUGACAACGGGUGCGAGAUGACCGAGGAGACGGACGCACGCGACAGCAGGACGAAGCUGCUCAACUUGACGUACGAAUUGAAGCUCAACUACGGGCUCAACAUGAUCAACUUUGAGUUGAGGCUCUCGCCAAGCUUGUCCAAGAGCUUGAAGAAGAAGAGCGUUGCGGAGGAGCCGGCCGAGAUGGCCGGCCGCCACACGAGGCACCAGAUGCAGCAGAUCAAGCUCAACUGGGACGUGGAGAAGUUCACGCUCUUUGUCGUGUCGCACAGCUCGUGA